UAUGAUUCCAAAUUUAGGGGGGCCAAGCUUGUUGACAGGCCCCCCUGGCCACCCCCUAGAACCGCCCCUGUAUCAAAAUGAACCUUAAUAGAAGAUAAGUACGCGACUCAUACUCAAAGGAGCAAGCUUGGAAGGUGGUGGCCGAGGUGGUUGGUGAAUCUGGUGUGUGUCGUGAUUGUAUUGUGUUUGUGUACUCUGUUUAUCAUUGAAUUACAGUAAUGAUGUAAUGAAUUAAUUAAUGUGAUUGGCUGUUGUCACUAUGAGUGCUUCAGCACCAAGCUUCAGACUCGCCAUGCGUCUAGCGUCAAGGGUGACGCCCCUUCAUCCUUACAAAAAUCAAGGAUGUCUUGCAUUUUGUGGGUUUCUAUUUCUGCGACGACGCGGCUGGGACAAGCAUAGAUGGGGACAAGAGCAUGCAGCGUCCGUUUGCUGUGAUUAUUUAUUGAUUCUGUCGCGUCUGGUGUGAACAGACAAAUUAUUUGUCACUGGAAUAUUAUCACGUCGCGUCUGGUUAGGACAAGGUGUUAAGGCUUUACAAAAUGUCCAGAGAAGACAAUGCCGCAGACUAUGAUGGUAUCACUACAGAACUUGAAGUCACAGAAAAUGCAAUAAAGCAGUACCAACAUGUGAUCAGGAUGAUCUACUUAAUUACAUAUUCUGUUGUCUUGAUCCUCGGUGUCACCCUCAACUUCAUCGUCCUUAUCAUCAGCUGCCUGAAAAACAAGAAAACGCCAACGGUUUCCACUUGGAUUAUGGCGUUGGCUGUAACACACUUAGUCUCCAGCGCAUUUGUGGUUCUUCAGCUCCUGUAUGCUUACAAUAACUUUGAAUGGAAUUAUGGAAAAACAAGCUGCAAGCUGUCAUCCUAUAUCACCUACGGCAGUAUGUUCUCCACAGCAGCCAUGCUGAGUCUCUGGAGCAUUAGUUCUGCUUUUUUAAAAAGCGAUUGCAUAAAAAAUGGCAAGAAUUGUAACAUCAUUCUGAUUUCAUUCUCCUGGUCUAUUGCAGCAGUCUUGGCAUGUCCUUCGCUGUUUUCCAGAGAGGUGCGAUCUUCUCAGUGCAUUGAUGAUUAUGACUUGGACAAAUUGAAAACAACUCAAGACGGCAUUGCUAGGCUGAAGGCAGUCGUUAUCAUGAGAUUUCUUAUCGGGCUUCUUGUGCCAGCUUUGAUCAUGUUUCUCAGCUGUUUGACAUCAGCUCAUAGAAGGUGUAAAGAUUGCAAUAAGCAGGCACAGAUCAUCUGUGCUAUAAAGAUUGCCUUCUUUGUGUUCUGGGGCCCUCAAAUCUUCUUAACCAUGCUUCAAGCCACUCGUACCGACAGCCUGGGUUCAAGUAUGUUGAAAUAUGGACUUCCAGCAGCUACUGCAUUGGCCACAGCCCACCCUUUUAUCAGCCCGAUCAUCUAUUUGUUAUUGGGAUGUAGUAUUAAAAUGAAGUGGAUGGCACGUGACCCAGGUUUAUAAUACUGUUGCCUUGCACCAAUAAGGUCCCCAGAUCAAGUCCCAAAUGAGCCUGGAGGUCUGUCUGUGUGGAGUUUUUCAGAGGUGAAUUGGAGACACUAACUUGUCUGUGUAGUGAAUGAGAAAGAGUGUUCCCAAAUGAUGGAAUGGUCAUCCAUGCAGUGUUUCCUCCACCCUUGGACCAGCAUCCCUGCGACCCUACAGAGGAUAAGCAAUUUGAAGAAUGGAUGGAUGACCCAGAUCACAACAAUGAACUGAUGCGCUUAGGAAAAUGCUGCCCAUGAAUUGUACACAGGCAUUAAAGAUUGAUGUAGCAAUUCUAAAAUACAUCAGCAAGGACUGUUAAAUAUACACCACGUCCACAAAAAUGCAUGCCAGCACUUUCUGUAUUCAAACUGACAAGUGGACCAUUUCUUACUCCCAACUCCUAAUCCAAACUCUGAAAAUUGAUUAUUAUGAAAACUGGCCCUGUAUGGUCCAAAUUCAUGCUCGCUUUCAAGUUAAAUGCUGAUUUGUUGAUACACUGCAUCACAUGUAUAUACUUACUGCUAGAAAAAGCAUUGCUACAGAAACACUAACACACUAUCUACUUUAUAUCCUGUACGAAUAUCAACCUUAUUGAGGACCAUUUGAAGUGUUUUUUUUUCUUAUUUUGAAACUGGGAGCACUUGUUACAUUUUAAGAAGAAUGUCAUGUACAUUAAUAUGAAUCUGUUUCAUUCUUAUUCUGAGAUCACCGUAGUCACCUGGACUACGGACUACGGUCCUCUUUGU